AUGCCCGACAUUGCCGGGGACGACACCACGGCGGCGGCCAUGUCCUUUUUCUUCUACAACCUUGCCGCCAAUCCGGAAGUCCAAGACCGCCUGGCCGAGGAGGUGGCCGAGGUCUUCGGUGCCUCCGAUGGCGCAGUGACAUCGCAGGACCUCGCCCAGUUGAAGUACACCGAAAGGGUCAUCAAGGAGAGCCUGCGCCUCUACCCCAGCGUGCCUCUGUUCGCCCGGAGAAUAAAUGAGGAGCUUCCAAUCACAGGUAUUUAA